CCGGGUCAGGUGAUCCGCUCUGGUGUAACAAGCAUGGCUGUGUCGGUUACAUUGUUGCUCUGUUGCAGUUGCUUCGCUACAUUGUGUCCGGGAGUGACCUGGGGCGGCUCGUACCGCAGACAGGUUUUCUUCGAGUAUAAUCCCGGAAGGAACAGCUCAGAGAUCAAUCCCUCCGCUGCUGCUCCGAACAUUCUCCAUGUGCGAGCAGUCGGCGCCAAUGACACCAUCCACUACCUGUGGGGCACACUGGGGGCCCCCAGUGUGUUCAUGGUGUACACCAGCAGCCCCAACAGCUCCCUGCACAUCAACUGGACCCGGCUGGGACUCCAGGACCCGUCCACCGCUGUGCGUAUCGAGCCCGCCUCUGCAGUCGUCUACUACACCGCCAUUAUCUUCUCCCGCGUGUUCGAGUACAAUGACAUGAUGGACACCGCCGAUAUGUCCCAGGUGCCAGCCAGCAGCUUCUACCCGCCCUACCAGCUCGAGGACUUCACCUGGGACAACGUCAAUGCCACGUUGAACCGCAGCCAGCUGACCGCCCAACUCCGGGGCCGAAACGCCACCGGCCACCUGUUCGGCAACGGUAGCUUCACAUUCCGGAUUGCUGCUUUUGAAGGCUCUGGCCGUGACUCUACCCUCCCCCGCCUCCUGCACACGGCCAACAGCACAAAGCUGGAGUUUGUGAUCGAAGGGAUUGAGCCCCGUGGGAACCAAUCCCGAUUUGCCCUGGAGCUGAUUGUCCUGGAGGCAAAGGGUGUGCAGCGAGAGCUGAGCCUGUGCCGCACCAUCGAUGACGAGUACACGCCCACCAUUUUCCAGAUGGACGAGCUGGUGGCGUUGCUGGGGAACGAGAGUGGGACCGGCAGCUUCCUGCAGUGGAAACCGGUCGCCUACACCUCCUCGCAGGCCUCGCUGGCCAACUCGGUGCCCGCCCGCCACUACAGCCUGAGGCUAGGCCGCAACCAGAGCCUGCCGGCCUCCAGCGUCGCCUACGCCUUCUUCGGGGCCGGCCUGCCUGGGGGGACCCGUGUUGCAGUGAUGAAUGUCUCCUUCGGGGGCCCUGGCGGGGACUCCUACAACUCCAGCAGAUACAUCAGCUGGUCGGCCCUGAUUGGAUAUGGAGAGGCCCCAGAGGACGAGUUCUCGGUGCUGGUCAUUACCAUCACGGCAGUGAGCCUGGGUCUGCCAGUCCUGUUGCUGCUGUUUGGGGGGGUGACAGUCUGCAUCGUGCACCACAGGAAGCGAGGGCCCUCCGGCUACCAACCAAUCAACUAGACUCCGGGGCACUGACGGAUAAAACGCACUUUAACACCGGAUGCUUUCCUGCUGCCCCCUUGCCAGAACAAUUCCUCCUGCUCACCGGAACAUUUCAACAUUUAAACUGUGGGAUUUGGGGUUUGGGUUUUUGUGCAUCAGAAUUUUACAACGUUGAAAUAUUAUACAUUCCAGCUGCACAUCUCCUCCUCAGAGGGAGAGUGUAGAGGGAGUUUACUCUGUAUCUAACCCCGUGCUGUACCUGUCCUGGGAGUGUUUGAUGGGGUCAGAGUAGAGGGAGUUUACUCUGUAUCUAAC